ACAAUUAUGAAAGCUGCGCUAGAACUCACAGGCAGAUACAUAGCAGCAGCCAGGUCAAGGACACCAUGGUGCUAAAAGCGAGGCGCUCUUACUUUUACUUUCUGUCGUUCGCCAAGAAGAAAGGAGUUUCUUGUGCGCCGCGAAGGAGUUCUGUCUUUGCUCGUGUCGGAAAAGUGCAGAAGCCUUUGCUUUCUCGACCUGACUGGGACAACACCAUCCACGAUCUGUCCGCUUGGAAACUUACUCCAAAACAGCUGGAAGCGAGAAGGACUGCGUUCAGAACGCUGCCUGAACAUCGAGUAAGAAGAUCAAUCUCGUCGGCUACACCAACCCUGUCCUGUAAUGGUGAAGGCGAUGCAAAUCGUGCAGAACAGUGGACGAACGGCCAUAAAGGGACCAGUGCAGCAAAGCCAGCUACAGCAGCAGCAGCAGCGGACGCACUCAAACCACUACCUUACCCAAACCUCCUCAAGAAACGCAACAGAGUCGGCAAGGAGAACAAGAAGUCUGCUCUAGUCCAGGCUCCCAAGCUGCACCUCGCACGGAAAACCCACAAAUCUACCGACUCCAGCACAAAAAUUCUCACCCCAUUUGAACGAGCAGCCCAUGCGACCAUUCGAUACCCUCAGGCCUCCAACCAAACGACUGAGCAAGAAACAGAGUCGGGGCGAAACCAGACGCUGCGCUCGACUCCAACGGUCGACUUUGAAGACGAGGUCAAGCAGUUCGAGGCUAGAACAAGGAAGUUCUUGGUGCAAGGACUCAAGUCUUCUUCUGUACAGAGCACGAAAUGCGUUGCCGGGAGGAGGAGAAGCGAUAAGCGCAUCGUCAUCGAGAGGAAAGCGUGUCCUAACUCUGCGAAGAAAUUGCGCACUCUGAAGUUAUUAUUGUCGCGGGCGAGAAUGGAUAAGUCGGAUUCGUCGGACGAUGACUCGUCUGUGUCAGGUCCUUGGGGAAGCUCGAUCAGCAGGUUUCAGACAGUUAUGCAUUCCACUCCCCAGCAUCAUCACCAUCGCAAGCGCUACAACCGCAAGUCUCAGGAAGGAGCUCCGGAUAUAAAAGCAGGGCGUCUGUCGUCCAAGUCGAACUACUGGGACUUGCAGCCACAGAACGAGCUCGUGAAUUACGAGCAGCCUGUAGAGGCAGCGUCUAAACCUCGAGUCAAGCUCCAAAAUCGUCACUUGGGCUCCAUCCAGAAAACAUCUCUAAUCGGGGACUGGAGGGAAAACGUCGAAGACGGCGCCAAUGGUCAUCUUUCCCUACCGCAGGAAUUCCAGCAGCACAUGCUUAAGUGUCAGCACGAUCUCACACAAGAAUUCAAAGAAUUCAAAAUUUCCAUCUCCAAGCAGAUAAUGAACCUUCAGUUGGACAUAGACACAGUUCUAGAAUUCCAGAAAAGGAAGGACUCUCACAAAGCUGAAACCAGGGCUCAGUCUUCAUACCGAACUGGCGCAGAUUCACCCGCUCAUGAAGGAGUCGGUGAUAACGUGGAGCUACCGACAUAUUCGUCCUUGAAAGUCAGGAAGGACGUGAUCAAGCCAGCCUCGCCGUCUUCUGGAGAAAGCUCUCAUAUGCCCUUGUUCAGCUGUUAUGAAUCUCAGUACACUGCAUCGCGAAAGUCGUCUGCGCAGACUCGUUCGAUUCACGGAUCUGAAAACGGAAGUCGCCGCCCAUCAUGUGCAGCAGAGGCACCAGGUCCUGAACCCCAUAUUUUUAACAACCCCAUCUAUCACGUUCAAACUUCGUCAGAUAAGCGGGGUGAAAUAAGCGACAGCGAUACGUCCGUCUCCAGUGUGGAGCUUGCUAAGUUCUUCACGGGCAGAAAUGGCCAUCAGCAUCAGCACCUUAAGACCGAGUCACAUUCAAAUGGUGACGGUUAUCGUAUGAGAUCGGACGAGCCUAGCCUCGCGAAUCAUGGAACAAAAAGUCCCAGCAACCCCCGGAUGCUCGGGAUCGAAGAAAAGAGAACCUACUCACUGGUUCCGUAUGGAUCGGCUCAGAACCAAGCAGAAGCUACGGCAAUACGUCUUCCUGAAGGCGAUAUCUCCGAGAACUCGUACGGGGAAAACAGAAUCGAGAGUAAUGGUCAUGCUCAAUCAAGUACCGUCAGAGCUGGAGGUUCUAACGAGCAGAGCCUGAGACAGAAUAAUGCACGUUGUCAGCAUAACGACGCUUUGAGACCUGUUAAUAAGAUGGUUAACAUUCCCCCUUUCCCGGGAAUAGCAACGUAUCGAAUGCAACAACCUCUGGCCACUGAAGAGGACUCCACAGUCCACCACGACUUGGAACUGCGGCUAGGCAACUCGGGGAUCACUUCCGGAAGGGCUUCUCCAAACGAUCACAGAAAUAGGCUUUCUCCGACCAUAUCUAGACCCCUCUCCACAACAGGUAACUGGGAGAAUGUGCCCAGCUCAUCCAUCAUCGCUUUGAGUGUAACAGAUGGGCAUCAAAUGCCGAAACGGGAAAGAUCAGACUCAGCGCAGGAACGGCCGCAUAGUCGCAACGCUAAAGUCAUAAAAAAUGCAGAUGAGCGAGAGGUGUUUACUCUUCGUGGUUGGUCGGCUGCGUUUCUUCACCUCACUGACAACUCCCAACAAGGUACCCAAGCAGCUCCAAGUACGGUGACUGAGACUGUGACGCCGACGAGGGCCACGACUCCCGAUCCACCCAAGAAAGAAAGUCAACCAGAAACAACUAACGGGAUUAUGAGGUUUCAAGGACGAAGCUCCAGAGGUGGUGUCGCGUGGACUGUUAGCGAACCUCCAGGCAGUGCAAAGAAGUUGAGAAAUGCAGCUGCCUAAGAUAAUCACCAGCUUGUUAGAUCUGUAACUUGAGGCUUUCAGACAACUGGUUUGUUCCUUUGAUACCAUGAACUUUGCCGAUGAUACACCAGAAAGAGAACGCAAGAACGCAGUGCUUUUGAUAUUAUCCAUCCAGUGGCUUGUGAAAAGUGAUGAAACAGCCAGUAGAAUGGGAAAAGAGAAGUCUAGGAGCGAAGAACAACAUCGUUCCUCGCUCACCCUCGCUCAUUGACCCGUUAAGGCAUGUAAAAAGAACGUCAAAUUCAAAUUAAUCAAUGCAAUAGAAAAAGCCUUUGAACACGUAUAUCUGGAAAACAGACCUCCAUGUCAAGCAGACAGAAACAGUUGUAUACCUGAGAAACAGGACAUUGCCCGCGUGUAUCCUUAUCCGCAGUUCUGCGUCGAAUGAAUUAUGUUGUUUUUGAUGAUAACUCAAAAACCAAAAACUUUAAGAACAUAUCCGCUACUC